AUGGAUCCCCGGAGAAACAACGAUCCCCACGGCCGAGAGCCCAGCCCGCCCAACUGGUACUCCAACGUGGGCACCUCUAACAUCUGGACGAACCCCCAGAACACCAACAAUACCGGUGGCAACACUGGCAACCCUCACAACCCCCUCGAUGUCGAUGUGAAUGUGAAUGUGAAUUACCACAAUUACCACUUCGAUCGCUACCACGACCAUUUCCCCUUGCUACGGAGCUUCCAUUCAAAUCCUGCCGCAUGCUUCGGCCACUUGCCACCGCCACCGAUACCGAUACCAAUACCACAGUUACCGCCACCGAUACCCAUUGUCUACCCCGACCGACUGCCAAUACCGGCCUUCCCUUACCACGACUUCCUGCCGGGUCUGCCCAGUCCGCAUAGUCCGCAUACGCCUGCGUAUCCAUGGGAACAACAACAACAACAGCAGCUCAUGCCUAUGCCUGCAUUUAGUCAUCAUCACCAUCAUCACCGUGCACAUGGUCCCUGCCAUUGUGCCCCGCCGCGGAAUCACCAGGCUCAAACAUCGUCUUCCUUCCUGAACGACUUUCAGGACUUCCCCGACCGCGACUACUCCGGCCGAGCACCUUCCCCCGAUGUGCUGCCGCGUCCCAAUAUAACCCACCAAAACCCAUACCCCACGUUCAACAACCAGUCCAGGCCAGGCCAGGAUACCCACAACAGUGACGACAACUAUUUGGCUGCCUUGGGCGGUGAUUUCUCCUCUCCCUCACUGCCACCCCUCAGCAGCAGUCCGUUUCAACCGCCGAGGCCACAGUCCUUGUUCAAUCUUCCCGAGCCUCUGGAAGUCGGCCAGGACAUGCCAGCUACGAGACCAAGAGCAAGCAGAGGAGACGCGGUUGAGUCAGUUGACCUGACGAAGGAGGAGCCCGACUACAACACAUCCGGAAUCGAUCUCUCGACACCUACCCUAACGAUGCCGACCACCAGAAGACAAAGCGCCGUAAGUGCUGCCAGAUCUACGGGUUCGCCCGUACGAAAGAAGAGACGAAGCUCUACAUCAGGUGCUGGACGAGCAAAUAAGGUUCGACGGAGAGAAACCACCACGAUAGAACCGAUCGCCUCCCCGUUCGACGAUGAUGACGUCCUCAACCCUCCCGCCCACGAAGUUCACGAGACCAUCGACCUGUCCAACGCGACUGAAGUCCCGAAGGAGCUUAUGGUACCCAAGGUGGAUAAUCGAACCAAACUGGGCCAUUUUCAGUGCGUCAUUUGCAUGGAUGAUGUGACUGCACUGACUGUCACCCACUGUGGUCACUUAUUCUGCUCCGAAUGCCUCCAUUCCGCGCUACACAUCGAUAAUAUGAAGCGGACGUGUCCUGUCUGCCGUACCAAGAUAGACGCGAAGGAUAAGAAGGGAAAGAACACAAAGACAUUUUACCACCUGGAGCUGAAGAUGAUGACGGCCACCAAGAAGGGGAAACGUCCCGCCGGCCUAUAA